AACCGGAUGUGUCUUGUGUCAACAAAUUCCAAACACGUGUGGCGUGUGUAGUGGAGGCACGUGUAGUAUUAACUUGUACCAUGAUAUAUACACAUUUAAAAAUACAUUAGUUAAUGCAGCGUAAGGAAUACUCGGAAAGAUGAAGUUUGCUUAUAGGUUUUCCAAUCUGCUCGGAGCAGUUUAUCGUCAGGGGAAUCUGAAUUUCUCUAAAGAUGGCAACGCAGUGGUCAGUCCCGUUGGAAACAGAAUAUCCGUCUUCGACCUGAAAAGCAACACAUCGGAGACGUUGCCCAUCUCGACUACAAAGAACAUUUCAUGUGUGGGUCUCUCUCCGGAUGGGAACUUGGCAGUUGUGGUGGAUGAAGAUGGUGCAGCUUUGUUGGUCAGUCUCGUCACCCGGGCGAUCCUGCAUCAUUUCCACUUUCACAAACCUGUGAACAGCAUCCGCUUCUCACCUGAUGGCAGGAAAUUUGUUGUCACUAAGGAGAAUGUAGCUCUGAUGUACCACGCUCCUGGGAAGCAGCGUGAGUUUAACGCCUUUGUGCUAGACAAAAGCUUCUAUGGUCCCUAUGAUGAAACCACCUGCAUCGAUUGGACGGACGACUCCAAGUGUUUUGUGGUGGGCAGCAAAGACAUGUCAACAUGGGUGUUUGGCGCAGAGCGUUGGGGUAACCUCAUCUACUACUCUCUGGGUGGACACAAGGAUGUCAUUGUAGGAUGUUUCUUUGAGAAGGACAGCUUGGAUCUAUACACGGUAAGCCAGGAUGGGGCGCUUUGUGUGUGGAAAAGCAACACAAAGCUAGGUGAACUUAUCCUGAUGAAAAACCAGGACAAAGCGAAGUAUCUGAGUCAGAGGGACGAUGAGGAUGAUGAUGAUAAGGAGGAAAGGAUGGAGGGAGAAGAUGGUGUUGUCAUCAGAGGUAAAUCUGAAGCUCCUAAAGACAAAACAUCUAAGAAUGUUCGAUACCAGCAGAGGGGCAAACACUUCUUCAACAAAGAAGGGGACUUUAAUAACUUGACUGCAGCCGCUUACCACAAACCCAGUCACAUUCUGGUCACUGGCUUUGCCUCUGGUAUCUUCCACUUGCAUGAACUUCCAGACUUUAACCUUAUCCACUCUUUAAGUAUUUCAGAUCAGAGAAUCUCUUCUGUAGCUAUAAACAGCUCUGGAGACUGGAUUGGAUUUGGGUGCUCAGGUAUGGGUCAGUUACUGGUUUGGGAGUGGCAGAGCGAGUCAUACGUCUUCAAGCAGCAAGGACACUUUAACAACAUGGCUUCUGUCGCUUACUCACCGGAUGGACAGUACAUUGUAACUGGAGGGGAUGAUGGCAAAGUCAAAGUGUGGAACACCAGCAGUGGCCUCUGCUUCGUCACCUUUACAGAGCACACCAGCAGCAUCACCAAUGUCACCUUCACCUCCAGUGGCUUUGUCAUUGUUAGCGCUUCUUUAGACGGAACUGUCAGAGCGUUCGAUCUACACAGGUACCGAAACUUUCGGACGUUCACGUCACCUCGACCCGCGCAGUUCUCCUCCCUUGCUGUAGAUGUUAGUGGAGAACUUGUAAGCGCAGGAGCUCAGGACUCGUUUGAGAUCUUCCUCUGGUCCAUGCAGACAGGCAGAUUACUAGAGGUUCUUGGAGGCCAUGAAGGUCCAGUCAGCUGCCUGUGUUUUAGUCCAGUUCAGUCCAUCCUAGCUAGUGCCUCAUGGGACCGCAGUAUCCGGUUGUGGGACAUGUUGAACAGCUGGCAGGUCAAGGAAACUCUUCCCCUCAGCUCUGAUGUGUUGGCAGUGACAUACCGUCCUGAUGGUCAGGAGUUGGCAGCGGCUACUCUGAAUGGCGAGAUCUCCUUUUGGAAUCCUCACACAGCCACACAAACUGGUUCUGUGGUUGGCCGCCAUGACCUGGAGAUAGGCCGCAAAGAUACUGAUAAAAUUACAGCCAAACAGUCAGCCAAGGGCAAGUCCUUCACAUCACUAUGUUAUUCAGCCGAUGGUGAGGCUAUUUUGGCAGGAGGACAGUCCAAGUUUGUCUGCAUCUACAACGUGAAGGAGCAGAUGCUCAUGAGGAAGUUUGAAAUCUCCUGUAACUUGUCCUUUGAUGCCAUGGAGGAGUUUCUGGAUCGCCGGAAGAUGACAGAGUUUGGCAGCCUGGCUUUGGUGGAUGAGGGUGCUGGAGAUGGAGACGGUGUCAACAUCAGCCUCCCUGGAGUCAGGAAGGGUGAUAUGAGUUCUCGUCAUUUCAAGCCAGAGAUCAGAGUCAGCUCGCUGCGGUUUUCACCUACCGGUCGUAGCUGGGCUGCAACCACCACUGAGGGCCUGCUGGUCUACUCCCUUGAUGGGUCUAUGGUCUUUGACCCUUAUGACCUUGAUCUGGAUGUGACACCAGCCAGCAUAUGCAAGCAGUUGCGGCUUCAGGACUGGACGUCAGCCAUCGUUCUGGCAUUUAGGCUCAAUGAAAAAGCACUCAAGGAGGAAGUGCUGGAAACUGUGCCACACGAGCAGAUACCGGUGGUGUGCAGGGCUCUUCCUGAUAUUUAUGUUGAAAAGCUGCUGGACUUCGUGGCAGCAUGUUUAGAGAAGUCGAGCCACCUGCAGUUCUACAUGACAUGGACCCAGAACCUGCUCAUGCUGCACGGACAGAAACUCAAAAACAGGUCGGGAGCUAUACUGUCUACCCUGCAGGCACUGCAGAAGAGCAUUCAGAGACAUUCCGACAAUCUUUCAAAACUGUGUGACUUUAACAUGUACAACAUACGUUAUGCAGCAGCCCUUUCAAAGCAGAGGGGUGUAAAGAGGACAGCACAGGAAGAAAAAGAUGAUGACGAGCAGUCUGAGGAGAUGAGCGAAGCAUCCUUGGAAGACGCAGAGUUGAUGCUGUAAAGAUGUGAAAACAAAGAAACAGAAUGAAUUGUUGGACUUUAAUUGUGUACAGCACUUUGGCCAACUGCAUUGAUUUUAAAGUACUCCUAUAAAUGUUUGAUAGGAUAGGAUUCUAACAGCAAGAAUAUUUGUGUACUUCAUUGUUAUUGAGUUUAAUUAAAUUCUUAUAAAUGA